GUUAAAGCGAUUGCCAGGCCGCAGGCUCUGUCAGUCUCCACAAGCCCCCGAGAGUAGCGCACACGCCUCCGCCGGCGCCGCCUCUGGCUUCCGUGCUUCCGCUGCUGCUGGCGCAAUGGGGAAGGAGCGGGCGGCGAAGCGGCGGGAGUACUUCCCGCGGCUGCUGCAGCUGCUGCUGGAGCACCCGCGGGUGCUGGUGGUGUCGGCGGACCACGUGGGGAGCAAACAGCUCGCGGGGAUCCGCGUGGCGCUGCGCGGGCAGGCGACAGUGCUGAUGGGAAAGAACACCAAAAUCCGGACGGCGCUGCGGCAGCAGCUGCAGCAGCAGCCCCAGCUGCAGGCGCUGCUGCCGCUCGUCCGCCUCAACGUCGGCUUCAUCUUCUGCCGCGCAGACCCCGCCGCAGUCCGCGCAGUCGUCCAGCAGCACAAAGUCCCCGCCCCCGCCAAGCAGGGCGUCACCGCCCCCACGGACGUCUUCAUCCCCGCGGGGCCCACUGGCAUGGACCCGGGCAGCACGGGUUUUUUCCAGGCGCUGGGGAUCAGCACGAAGAUCGUGAAGGGGCAGAUUGAGAUCCAGCAGGCGGUGCAGCUCAUUCGCCGCGGCGAGCGGGUGUCUGCGAGC